AUGGCGGCGCAAGCGGCGUUAAUCGCCGAUACGAUCACCGGCAUGAAGCGAGCCUUGCGCAGAGAGCGUGAGGAUAAUGGCCCGGACGACCCGAUCAUGGCACCGACGAACCGAGGGAACAAAAUGCAUGCUAAUGCUAAGUAUGUGAGCGAGGGUGCACUUGGCUACAUCCACGCGGAGGAUUACUACAAGCAGAGAGUCGAACAUGCUGGUUACACGCGCUACAUCCUUCAGCCGAAUCCGACUCGCUAUGAUUCAGAGGGAGAUGAGCUUGAUGAGGAUGAUGAAGAUUCCGAGGCGGAUGCUGCGGCUGCUGAAGAGAACCCGUUCUCUGGGAUUGCGCUUGAGACUCUACUGUGUCCCUUGAAGCAUCCCUCCGAACUCGCUACUCAUCCUUCUAUGUCCCAAGCAUACACGUCGCAAGCCCUGGAGAAUAUGACAGCGGCAGUUGAGCAUAAGCUCCGCCAGGAACGGGCUUUGCUCUGGCGCGCCAGGAGCUUGCAUAGGCAAUUCCUGGGUGAUAGCAGUUGGAUGCCGUGCGGUGCGCUCGAGACGCCUAAUGAUCACUUGAUCUUCGACCCUAGGCUUGCUAGCAAUGCUCCGAGCGUAUAUGCUGGUCAACAGGGUGCAAGUGGGACUGGUACUCCGUCUGCCACUAAGGAUCCCAAUGCCCCGCAGGACACAACACAAAAGGUACCUGCACCAACGGCCACACAGGAGUCUCAACUGGCACAGAACGGGACAAAAGCCCAGACCAGUUCAAUGCCGAAUGACGUGGAAAUGGCCGAGGUCCCAGCAGAAGGUGAACCCACCAAGAACGGCCUGCAGCUUAAAUCAGAGGAGACCGAUGCCACCGUCAAAGACCUUCCACCUCAUCCCAACACCUCGGCUCCCGCCCAAGAGAGCAACAGCAGCAAUAACCGCGCAUCUGGGACGAGCACAAACCCACCCCUCAACGGAAAACAAGAUAUGGACACAACAAAAGAUGUGGAACCAGUUGACACAACCGAACUCAACGACGACACAGAGCAAGACCUCGAAAUGCAUGAUGGCUCCUCACCAGAACCACCCCGGCGAAUGACAACGCGCGCCCAAGCCAACGCAGUCAACCCUGAGAAUGAAAACGGUUCCCCACACUCUUCCGACACAGCAUUCCCACUUCCAACCCCGCACCCUCUUUUCCUCGUCCCGGACAACAUCCGCCCCGACCCGAACUAUGGCCUUCCCGCUGCUGAAGCCGAGGAGACCCGCCGCCUGCUUUGGUCGUACAUCCAGAAGCAGGAAGAGACAGUUCGAGGGGUCGAGCACAUGCUCGAUUCGCUGAAUAGAUCUUGCCGCAUGAAAGCUGAUGUUCUAGAGUGGUGUAAAGCCGAGGGACAUGUUGGAGAGAUGAGUGAUGGCGAAGACUGGUAUGAUCGUGAGCAGUGGGGCCUUGCUGAGGGGGAAGAUUUGAAGAAGGGGACUGAUGAGGAUGAGGUGGAGACUGUUGACGAAAGUCGGACACAGGGGAAGAGGGGGAGGGGAAGGCGACAGUAA